GCCGGUACCGGGUCCACGGGGGGAUGACCCUUUUCGGCAGCGGGGACGCGGGCUGGAGAUAUCUGGACAUGGCCAGAGAGCCCAAGCCAAGCCGGGCCAGGCUGGGCCAGAAGCGGCAGCAUGGCAGCAGCCUGUACCAUAACUGCGACCUGGAUUACGAUCUCUGCAGGGAUGACUUCCCAUACCGGGUGUAUGAGUAUCAGAAGAUUCCUCCCCUUAUUAAUUGCAUCCCAGUCAAGACCAGACGAACUCACAUGGGAACAGGAGGAAAAAGCAGCCCAAGUCCACAGCGCAAGGCCAGGAGCAGCACCAGCUCCAUGGUGGAACGGACAAAGUUGCAGGCUGAAGAGCUGCAUUCCAUCAAGGGGGAGCUAUGCCAGAUCAAGGCACAGGUGGACAGUCUGCUGGAGAGCCUGGAUCACAUGGACCAGCGGAGAGAGUGGCUGGCAGGGUCCAAGGAGAGUGAGAGGAAGAGGUUAGAGACAGGGCCAGAGUCACCAUCCCCAGUGGAAGAGUGGUCACAGGGACAGGAGGGGAGGGGAGCUGAUGGGCACAGUGACCUGCGCAACAUCGACAGCACAGAGGAGAGCACAGACACAGAGGAGAUGGGUGCUGAAAUCUGCAGAGAAAGCACCCCAGGGGUCCCAACCCCUAUGGCACAGGUCACAUCCAGCCUGCCCACCAAGGCAAGCCCACCCUGCAGAUCCACACCAGGAAAAGGUUCAGCAGGCACAGGUACAGCCCAAGAAGGAGCCACUGCAUCCCACUGUGGAAUGGAGGAAGAAGGGACCACCCGCAGACCACUCAAGGGGCUUUUGUGGAAUUUUAGGCUGGUGCUGAGCCCAACUCCAACACCAGCAGCAGGGCAACGCAAACCCAAUUGCUCCCUGUUGCCCCUGCUCUCACAUGGCUCUUGCCCACUGGUCACAUCUGUGGUCAGCAGCAGCAGGUCUGCCAGGGCUCCUUGCCUGCACCCAAGUCACAGUCCACCCCUUCCCCACACUCCCCAUCUUAGUCUGGUGUCCCCAGUUCCUAGGUCACCCUUCUCUCACUGGUAGGAAUUUGUUCUGUGUUUCUGAUUUGCUCUGUCUGGUAAGAGUGUAUUGUGUUGGAAAAAA